AUGGAUAAAGGAAGCUGUCUUGGUCGUGUUCCUUAUAACUCGGUGAUUGGAUUCAUCUUAGUACUUGUUGGAGGUGGAGUCUUGUGUGGUACAAUUUAUUCUGGAAUAUCACGUAUCGAUACAUACUUUCGGUUGUAUUUUUUUCCUGUGUACUCUUUACCUUAUCUAAGAAUAGCUGCAGUUGUGAAUGGGGCAGUAGCCGUUCUACUCGCUUUUCUUAUACUAAUUUUCUCAACACUUGUGAAUAAUGCUACUCGUGGCCGUAUCUAUCGUGGUGAUCGCUACAUUAUGGGUGGGCGUUGUUCAGCAGCUCUGUUCAUGUGCACCACAUAUGUAACCAUAAUUGUAUGGUUAAUAUUUUUAGCAUUCCUUGUUGUCCCUACAUUUUGUUGGGCAAUGUUCAACUCGAUUUGUACUGCUGAGUUAGCUGAUGUUUGGCAUGGACCAGGUGCACGACGUCCUGGUCCUGAUGGCCGUGUUGCUCCAUCUCUGUCAGAGUUACGAGAUCGUAAAGAUUAUCUGGCGGAAACGUAUACAGCUCGUCUUGCCUACUAUUAUCAAAAUCUCAAUUUUGGCUAUAAUCCUUCUGAGUCUCAACAUGGUUUCAGACCUCCUUUUGUUAAUCUGGGAAACUCACCCAAUCUACCAAAUUAUCACGGCAAUCGAUAUUAUUCUCCUGAUUUCAACUACAUUUUUAACUUGACACAUUAUGGUGUUUAUAUUAAACCAUGGAUGUAUGAUGAGUCACUGAAUUAUCGUGAAGCCAUUACUUCACUGAACGAAUUUGCAAGAUUUUGUGACGAAGUUAUGAUAGUGGGUCCACUUUUUGCUUGUUCACUUGGCGGUGCUGUUUUUGUUCUACUUGGUUUGACUCUAUUUGUUGGCUCAUUGUCAGCUUAUUAUACUCGAUUAAAAUUGACAAAAGAACUGACAGAUUUCAAACAGAGCAUUGCAUUAAGAUCACCCAAAAAUCAUGAUCCAUCAGCUUAUUUUUAA